AGUGAAGGUCCACCCACGCCUUCCCAGCAACUAAAAACUGCCUCAGACGUCAUCUUAACCUCCCCCCCUUUCUCCUAUGUAAUGCAGUCCAAGGAGGUAAUCAGCCUUCUCGAGCUGCCCAGGUGGGCUGAAAGGGAUACUGUGGUUAUUAUACGCGCGUGAACGUCAGAUCUUUUCCCUAUAUUACUCUACGUACCUAAUAAAGGUAGUACCUCCUUACCGAUCCACCGUAAUUCUCCUGUUGUGCCUCCGCUAAACGUUGGGAUAAAAACAGAAUAGCUUCAUAUCUAUCACAUGUUGCAAUGCAGUCAGUAUUUACGACAACAGAGAUACUUGAGGCGAUUCUGCUCCAUCUUGAUAUGACCACGCUACUUGUCACUGCAUCACGAGUGAGCAAGACGUGGAACAAUGUCAUCGCCACAUCCCCAGCGAUCCAGCGGGCUCUGUACUUUAGACCAAUAUCCAGAGAAGCAUGUCAGGCAUCGGAGUGCAGUCUGGAUGGCUCUAAAUUACCGCACUGGGAUUCCGAGCCUGAUGCAGCUGAUGUGGCCUUGCCGAUUCUCAACCCACUUCUGGUGAAGAAAUUCGGGCCCUGCUUCUUCGACUUCGGCUCCACGUACGGCUACCAUCGUCGCUCGAGCUCUUUUUACAAGCUCCCUUGGACAAAGAGAUUCCCCAAAGAGGCAGAGAGCGCGGGGGAACCAGUCAAAAUGAGUGCCCUAAUUGCUCGAAACGAAGAGGCUGCCCGCCGGCCGUUCACUCGCCGUGGUGCGAGCUGGCGGCGAAUGCUUGUCUCACAGCCGCCGCCACCGAAACUGGGCUACUCGUGGAUGUAUCUGGGUCACGGAUCGGAGGAAUCGCAGACGGUAUGGAUGGCAUUAUGGGAACCCAAGUCACUGCAACCAUUCGUUGGCUUGCGCAUGGGGGAGCUUUACGACUUUGUCCAGUUUCAUGUUGGACACCACGAGCGCCGAUCACUAUGGUUCAGGGUCAUCUGGGGUCAACCGAAGGAACCAUUCACCUCGGACCACAGCCAGAAGAUCUGCCAAAGGAUUUUGGCCAGGACACACGUCAUUGUUGAAUUCCAUAAUUUCGACGACGUAGCACUCGCACACCAUCCCCGAGUCCCGGCCAAUGUGGAUACCUUUGAUGCAAUAUUUCGAUGUGAUGAAUACACCCAGCCCCUUUUCCAAACUGAAGCAGUCACUGCAGAGCAGUUUGAGUUCCCUGGAUUCGAUGACUCUGCAUCUAUAAGGUAAGCCAGCGAGGCCAAUCGGCGUUGAUCGGCUUGGUAUUUCGACUAGGCAGUCGAGGUGGCUUGCUUCGAACCUUUAUUGGCAAUCAAUUCAUUCUUGUCAACUCUGUCCAUGUCGGUGCCCAGCUCGUCAUAGGCUACAUUAUUUCGCCAAAUCCUCAGUAUGUGCAUUGCUCAAUAUCUACAGACAUAGGCCCUAA